AUGGACGCGGUGGAGGUGAAGGGUGAGAAUCCGACCCGAAAGAAUUCGGAAAACGAUCGAGUCCGGGUUCAUAGGAAAACCCUGGAGGCGGUGCUCGAGCAAUGCCAGAUGGCCCUCGAGCAGCUCACCUCCGACUGCGAUGAUGAUCUUGCUGGCACCGAGGUCUCCAGUGAUAGCUCAUCGGCGCCGUGCUGUGAUACCGAGGUCGCUGAGUUUUCCAAUCUCCUGAAAUCAAGAAUUGAAUGUGAUGAUUUCCUUGAGAGACUAGAGCAUGCCCAGACAUUGCUUCCGCACACCAUGGCUGAGGAAGCUAGUUCCUGGGAUGUGAUAAGUGAAAAUGAUCUUUGGGAAGGUGGAAAUGUUGAGAUGGACAGAGAAGACUACGUUUUAGUUAGGCAAGAAGAUAUAUUGGAGGGUAUAGCAUGCUUCAUGGCUGGAUAUCUGCUGUCCAUUAAACAAACUAAGGAUAUCACUCCAAAUCAGCUUCAGGACGCUCUGAGCAAGACAUUCUCCAUAAAAAAGAAGGGAAAGCUUCGGAAGGCAUGGGACGGAAGCAAAGUUGUUUAUAAUGUAGCAUCCUGGGGAGCUACUGCCAUUGGGAUUUACCAAAACCCAGCCAUUUUAAGGGCUGCCUCUGCGGCAUUCUGGACUUCCUGUCAUGUUAUAUCAAAGCUUUUCUGA